UGAAUACAGACACACACAGACAAGAGAUAGGAAACCAAGUAAGUAUUUUCGAACGCAAAUUUGAUUCUGUGGCUACAAAUUAAAAGUUCCCCACCACCACCAGCGGCUUUCUUCCUUGCUUGCAUUUGGGUUUUCUUCCAUCAGAUACAGUAGUGCUGCCUGCCCUGCAUUGCUGAAGGAGAAGGUUGCACCAUCUUUCGAUUCGCAGACGGCAGGCAGGCCAAAGAGGACGGAGCUACUCUACUCGAUCGUCCACGUCGAGGUUAGUUGUCAUGGAGCUUGCCAUGGCCACUGGCAGCAGCAGCAGCAGCUUGGUCACCGGCUUGAGGUGGAGGACAGGUUCUGCAGCAUUCAGUAGCGCCGGGGAUCGCCGCCGCAGCUGGACGACGACGGCAUCCGGCCGUGGAGGUGGACCCCGCAGGCUGACGGUGUCUGCAGCAGCAGCCGCCGCCGCCGCCGCCUGCAAGACAUGUAAGGGAAAGGGCGCAGUAGAAUGCCCAGGGUGCAAGGUAUAUAUGAUAGACUGUCAGAUGGAUGAAUAUAUCAUUUGUUGUUUUUGCAACACACAGCUACAGAUAUUUACAUACAUACAAACUGAAAUGAAACUGAUUCAUGCAGGGCACCGGCAAGAACAAGAAGAACGGCAACAUUUUCGAGAGAUGGAAGUGCUUUGACUGCCAGGGGUUCGGGCUCAUGAGCUGCCCUACCUGUGGCAAAGGAGGUCUCACACCCGAGCAGCGAGGGGAGAGAUAGAAUGAAUCAACCAUACAAUACAACUACAAAAAAAUGCAUACUAGCGGGCAGGCAGGCAGCAUUAAGAUUUGCAUAUACUCCAUAUGUGAUGAAUACAUACAUGGACACCUGAUGUGUACAAACUGCUUGCAAUAUGCCUUUAGUGCAGGGUUUGCCGCUGUACCUCCAGAAACACCACCACUAUUUUCCUCAUAUACUGCUGUCUGUGUAUGCGCGUGGCCUACUGGCCUUCGCUUUGGAUUGCUGAAUGUUAUGUUAUGGUUGUUUGCUAAGACAGUCAGACAGAAAUCAAACACCGAAUGUUACGUUUGGAUUA